GGCAAUAGUUUCACUCAAUCAGACGCAGUUACUUUCAUUUUGAGAAAGACUGCUUAACAUUAUUCUGUUUUUCUAAGGUAGAGUAACUCUAGUUUGAAGCUGCUUCUAAAGAGUCUAAUAACAUUUUUAUAUUUAAUUUGCAAAUUUGAAGAGAAGUUUUGGAAAAGAUGACACAAAGCCCCCUGAUACUUACUCAGACUGAUCACAGGAAUCAAAGAACCAAUGAAAAAAAACAAGGUCUUAAGAACAGCUAUAAGAAGAUUCUCAUAUGUAUUUUGCUUGCAAUAUCUUUCACUCUCAUUAAUAUUGUAAUUACUGGAAUAGGUUUAGUAUGUAAGAGUACUCGGGAUUCCUGCCCAGAUGAUUGGAUUGGUUUCCAAAACAAAUGUUAUUAUUUCUCUGAAGAACAACAAGAUUGGAAUUCAAGUAGACACAACUGUGUCACUCAACAUGCUGACCUAACUAUGAUUGACACUGACGAGGAAAUGGGAUUUCUUAAGCGAUACAAAUGCACUUCUGAUCAAUGGAUUGGGCUGGAGAUGACAGAAAAUCAAACAGGACGAUGGGUAAAUGGAACCAUAUUUAACAAAUGGUUUCCUGUGAGAGGAAGUGAAAAAUGUGCUUACUUAGAUGAUGAUGGUGCAGCAACGGCUAGAUGCUACACAGUAAGAAAAUGGAUUUGUAGGCGGAAAAUGCACUAACUGACAUGGUUACCUGAAUUUUGUCAUCCUUUUUUUCUUUCCCUCUGUAUAAUUUAAUUUUCAACACUUCACUACUUUAAUGUUCGAACCUGAUAAUACAUCUUGAUAAUUGUCAAAAUAACUUACUUCAACUUAUUUUUCUUCUUUUCAAGUUGCCUGGAUCUUUUUUUUUCUAUAGCAAUUUUAGAAAAUGCCUGUAAUUAAUUUCACAGGAUCUAUAGGUCAAUUUGAAGAGUGCUAUAUUUAAAAUAUUAUUUUUUAUUAAUUUAUAAUAUAUAUGUUGUAUUGGUGUUUAUCAUCUUGUAUGAUUUAUAGCUUUUCUAAUAAGUCAUGUUAUUUAUUAUAUGUAUCCCUAUUAAAUGUAUCUGAAGCUUAUGCUAUUCCAACUAUGUAAUUUUAUUAUUUUUUAGAAUUGUUACUUUUUUAUAUGGCAGUGUAAUUGUUUACAUUAUUCUAGAGAACGAAAAUCUGCUGAAACAGAGGACAGCAGUGUUUUGCAGAGCUAGGGUGGGGGGGCAUCAUACACCAUA